AUGACUGAUGAAUCGAGUGACCUCUUAACAACAGAUGUGGCUGAUGAAACAGAUGAAGAUCAGUUAGAACGGAACGAAGAAUUUGUUGUAAAUUACAAUAAAAAAACAAAGAAAUGGACAGCCAAGAUUAAAAUUCCCGUUCCUCUACGGCGUUUUGUAAUUGGACCGAAGGGAUCUAUGAAAAGAAAAAUUGAAGAAGAGACGAGCUGUCGGUUAAAUUUUCCGACAAAGAAAAAGAAAAAGCGUCCUGUAGAAAUCAUGUCAAUGACAUCCGAGGAAAGUGUAAUGCGUUGUCGUGAUCGAAUUCAUCUUAUAAUUCAUGGAGCACGUGAUAGAGCCACCUAUACGCAUUUUGUUUCAAUUCCUAUGACGCAUGAGACUGUUAAAGAUAGUUUCCUCAAAUUUAUGGAUACAAUUAAAAAUGAUGAGGAAUUAUCGGAUUCAUGUAGAGAAGAAACCGUUUUUCAAGAAUCAAGAAAAUUACAUUUAACAAUAACAAUGCUAUCUUUGUUGGACACUGAUGAAGAAAAAUCAGUAUCGAGUUCGCUCGAAACAGUAAUUAAUACGCGCGUAAGCGAAAUCUUAAAUGGUAAACCACUGGAAGUGGAAAUCAAAGGAUUAGAAAUCAUGAACGAUGAUCCAACUCGUGUUAAUGUGUUAUACGCGCUAAUCUCUUCAGAGAAACUAUCCGAUGUCGUAAAUACAAUAGCAAACGCGAUGAGCGAUACAGGUUUUGCUCCACAGCAGGAUUCAGUAAAGAUACAUUUGACUCUUAUGAAUACUAGAUAUAUGUGGGAGAAGAAAAAAGAAAGAGGAAGAAUGGAUGUGACGAAGUUGUUGGAAAAAUAUCGGGAUUACGAGUUUGGGAAAGUCACAGUUACUGAAGUCCAUAUAUCGACUUUAAAUGGAACAAUAGAUGAACAGGGAUACUAUUCGUCGAUUGGAACAUUUGAAUUGAACAAAAUAAGGGAUGGUAAAUAG